AUGGCCCAAGCAUUCUCUCUCGCGCUUGACAACGCCUUCAUGCUCGACAGCGAGGUCGACAAUCUUUCACAGUCGAUUGAACAAAAAAAACAAAUGGUGACUAUCCAAGCACGAGAGCUCGAAGCUCUCCAGGCAAAAAUCCGCGAGGCCGAGGCCCGUCUCGGCAACGGCGACAACAAGGCGUCAUCUUCUCAGAACAACGACCAACGCGGAGGCUCAGCAGACCAGGAAGGACGAGGUGAGAUCGAGCUGGCCGGGCCCCAAUAUCCCAUGUCGUCGGCCCUCUCCGACGGCCAUUCAUCUGAUCAAGGGUCUACAGAUUCCGCCACCUCUGCAGCCACCUCUAACGACCUCGAUUCCAACGGCCAACGCAAGGCGUAG